AUGGUCCAAAAAAGCGAGGAACUUGGUGAGAGGAAAGAGAUGACCAGCGAAAUGGUGUCUGAAUACCCAUGUGAUGAUGCUACCAGGGAAAAGUUGCUGUCUUUGCUGCCAGAUUUAAAUGAAAUGCCAGCGGUUGUUCUUGCUGGGGAUGGAUGUUACAUUGUUUAUGGCCCUCCAAGCUCUGCAUCACCAAUUGGAUAUGCCCAUCUGUCUGUCAGUUCAAAUGCAUACAAAUGUGGAUCGAAGAACUGCAAAGUGAUUUCUGGUGCUGGAAAGCAACAAAAAAUCAGCAGAAUUUGCAUCCAUCAGCAUGUGCUUUUCCGCACACUUAGACUGACCAUGACGGCACACAAAGGAACAAAUCUGACAGUAUCCACUUCAGUGGAUAAACUACAGCAUGCCACCCAGACCAGUGAACAAAGUAUUGGACAUAUAUCCACCAUUAAAGCCAACUUGGAUAAGUGCAUUCCAGCUGUUAUUUCUCCAGAAAUUUUGAAGAGAACCAGACAAAUUGAUGCUGCAACUUUGCUGAACACAAAAGAGGUAAACUAACCAAUACAAGUAAAUUGACAGAGUCAAAUAAUAAGGCUGAGUGCACUCUAAUCUGUGCCGUUGGUUAGCAGGGACACUAGGAGGAGCAGAGGUGCAACACUCAACAGCCCCCCCCCCUAAUUUUCAAUUCUUUCGCCUGUAGAUUAUUAAAUGCUAUUUAGAUCAUUAUUAUUUUGCCUAAAUAAAUGCUAUCUUUGUUAACAGGGUUCAUGGCCUUUGGUAUUAGAGCCAGAGGAUACAUUGUGUAGAAUGUGUAAAUCUGAGCUGGGCAGACCACGUUCACAUCCAGGAAGUAAUGGGAAGAGCUAUCUAUUGACCAAUGGUAAUCCAUUUCGGGAAAUUGAAAUAAAAGUUAAAGUGUGCACCAAUAAAGAAUGUAAAGCCAUGCACCAAGUAUGGCCUAUUGAUAUGGGUAAGUGCAUGAACAAUCACUUAAAUAUACAGUGUACACAUGUCAAAACAUAUAUUUUUCAUAUUUAGAAAGAUCAGGCUUUUAGCUAUUGAAUAACAUGUUUUUCAUGCCAAUAAAAUCAUGAUUCUUAUCCUAGCAUAUGAAAACGAUUAUUUUUUAUACACCCUGUAUAGUGACAAAUAAAUAUACGAGGUUAGGGACCACUCAUUAUUUAUUGUACAGGGGGGGAUUGAGGAGAAACUGGGGGGCCUUCAAAUUUUUUAAAACCUGAAAGGGGGGCAUUGAAAAAAUACAGAGAGAUGAAAGAAGGGGGGCUUUGAAAAUAUUUACCAGUUUGAAAAGCAUUAGUAGUAAGUUUUAAAAAUAGGUACGCUAAGCGUACAUGUAUCUGCUCAUGGUGAUUGCACUUUUGCCAAGGCUUCAAUCAACACUCAGUAGCUUGUAAAAAAAUUUAAGGGCUGAUGUUUAACAGUUGACCAGUUAAAUAAAGUUAGAUUUAUAGUAUGUCAGAUGAAAGAAAAAGAAAAUGGCUGAUAUAUAUUCAACUUGCAGAAACUAAUUCCGGCCAUAACGUCACAAAGAUGAUAUUCAAUUUUAUGAUGUUCUUGUUGAAUCAUCUUAAUUUUAUAAUGUUCUUGCAGGGAUGGAUCCAGCAUGAUCUGAGAGGGGGGGGGGUACUCUGCCCGCUCUGGUGCCGAGUUGUGUCGGUCAUGUGUGUCACCCACCCAUCAACUUGCUUCACUAUUGCAAAGUCUUGCUUGACUACAGUAUUUGAAUUGUAAUUGUUGUUCACAGUUUCCCUAUCAUCAUAUUAUUACUCAAAUUUCUGUAUCUCAUUUUGUUUCUAAUAAUUUUUUGUUUAUCAUGAAAAAUACGACCCCCUUCCUGCACCCCCCCCCCCAGUAAAUCCAUCUCUGUGUUCUUGUUAAAACAUUUUGGGUUCCAAAUCUUCUUGAUAGUUCAUAUUAAACUUUAGCAGGCAUGCGAGAACAUGGUAGAUGCAUAGAAGUUGUCAGGAUAACAGGUGGUGCCAAUAUACAUUGUUAUUCAUUGUUGAUUAAUUGAUUCAUUGACAUUAUUGACACUCCCCUGAAGGGGCUUUUCAGUGACAAAAAUUACAAACACAUAAACUUACUGUAUUAUUACUACAUUAGUCCUAAUUAAUUUUAUUGAAACAGAUUACUAGCAAACAAGGAAAAUUUCACAAAAACUGCGACAGAGACAUCAACAUCAACAACAACAUCAACAACAUCAACAACAACACACCAACAGUAGCAUCGACAACGCUUAUUGAUCAACUACUGAAAAACAAGUACUUAAUAACUAUCCAGGAAUUGCUGGAGAAGUUUAUGUCUUAGUUUUAACUUUACAUUUUGCAGAGUUUUGGAAGCCUUCUUAUACCAUAAUUGAUACAUAACAUCAACAUUUCUGCUGUUUAUAAUUGUUUUUAAAUAUAAUCUAUUUCCUUUUAGAAAAUGUCAUAGUCAGGGUUGAUGGCACACAAAUCAACUGUUUAUGCCUAGGAAAUAUAUCAAAUAGGUCAUAUAUUGAAAGUCAUUCAUCAGCAACAAAUGAUGACAAGUAUGGAAAUUAGAAUUAUAAUUGAUGCAUAUAGUUCUUGAAUAGAAUGAUAUAAUUCAGCAUAACAGAUCCAUGGAAUAAUAUUUUGUCGUGGAAGAAAAUCCACUAAACAGAAUAUUAUGUUAGUUUUGUACAUUGUGUGCUAUAUUAAAUAAGAUCCCAUUAUGACAUAUGGUUGUUGUUGAUUAUAAGACAAUAUAGUAUGGGAUAGGUGAAGGGGGAUAUAAAUUACUUAACUGGUGUUCUUGGCAAUGACAUUCAGUUGCAGAAAUCAGGGUCGAUGAAGAAGGGAGCACCCCGUCCAGGAUAUAUAGUUAAUAAUUAUGACUGGUUGCAACUGUUACUAUAAGUAUUGAUAUUCCAAUCUAAAACUGAAUCUCUGCUCUUUAUGCAGCCACUAUUACUUUGCCUUGCUUUAAUGAAAGCAAUUAUUCAAUGCACAUACUGCUAAAAAGUGCUUUAAGAGAAAUGUUUCCAAUAUGUGUGACUUAGCUUCUGACUCUGCUAAAUUUGUAUAAAAAUGAUCUAUCAAAGUCUGUAAUGAAAGCAGACACCAAUUGUCUAUAGUUAUAAUCAUUGAUGAAGAAAUUAUGUAACCUUACGAAAUUAUAUAGCCUUCUAUUGGUUUCAUUCAACUAAUUUAUAUUAACUAAGUCACCAAUGAAAAUGUUAAAUUGAGAAGUACAUAAACAUCAACAUCAACACUUACAACUCGAUAUACACCAACAACGGCAACAUGUGGAAGAAUCAUUACUUUCAUAAUUUCAUAAUAGUAUUCUCAAUGCCAUUAGUCAUUAACUUUCUUGUCCGAAAUUGCAAAUCAUUUCGUUUCCACUGCGUAUUAAAUGAUGAAACCUUUCAAAUGCUUGCCAAAAAUGCACUAGCGAUAUUUGCCAUAUUCAGACUAGUAAAAUGAUGUUGUUUUAAACAGCAUUUGAUUUCGUAAAUUCAAAAAUUGCCUUUUGUUUCACACUUUAGUAAGCCGCCAUUUUGAAAUUAGUAUCAUUAUGUCAUUUCAUGUAUAAGCUGUCGUUGAUUGGCUAUGAGCACGCUUACAAAUUUCCGGUACGCGCACAAUGGCAAUAUAUCUGUGUCACAAAACAACUUAACAACAAAUAAGUUAGAGUUAUAAACCGAGAAGGAGGUUUAUAACUGAUAUAUUGCCCCCGAGGACACGUAGCGUCCGAGGGCAAUACAUCAGUUAAACCGACUUUCGAGGUUUAUAACUAACUUAUAUCUCAUUUGUGGAGGUUUUCUAACAUAUUUUGUCAUUUUCAAAAAUUUUUGAUGAAAAAUUCUCACGUUUUGUCGAAAAGUUUGAUGUAAUUAUUUAUUCAAGGUAUAUUAGCUAGUUAUAAACCUUGGACGAUCAAAGAAAACCGACACAAAUGAGAUAUAACAAUGAUUAUAGACCUUUAGUAUUCAUAAAUGGUCAAAUAAAGCCAAAUAAAAAGUCUCUUAUGUUCAUGUAAAUAGACAAUUCCCAUUAUAGACUAAUUUUAGAACUAGGUAAAGAGAUGCAAAUCAAGGCCGGAUUUUGGUGAAAAUAGUGGGGGCUUAUUGUAGAACAGGCCAGUAUCAACGAGGUGAGGUAUGCAUGUAGUGUACAUAUGUACCAGUGUAUUAAUGAAUUAUGAAUGUAUGACUCCAAUCUUGCCCUAAUCAUUUAUACAAUUGCUACAAAGUUUCUUUCAAAACAUUGCAUUAAAAGGGUACUUGAUACAGAGAUGAAUGGCUAUCACUGUUUCAAUUUUACAGAGAAAACUUUCUUACGUCACAAAGUGUAGAUCCUAUAAAGCAACCAUCACAUUUUCACUUUGUUCCAUCAUUGAAACUAAUUCCCAAGGGGAGGUGCAUGAUCUUUCAGGAGAGGUGCAAAAAUUCUCAGGGGAGGUCCAAAACGAUCUCAGGGGAGGUGCGCACCUCUCCUCAAAAUCCGGUCUUGAUGCAAAUAAAUGACCACAGCUAGAAAGAGCAUACUAAAAUAAGUAAAUUAUUGCAAACUUUGGUUGCAAAAUGUUGUUGUAAAAUACCGAAAAUAUAGCCUUGCAAAGUUUGCAAAUUUUGCAUACUUUUGUAUUGCAUGUGAAAAUUGCAAUACAAAAGUAUACAAAAUUUGCAAACUUUGCAAGGCUAUAUUUUUUACAUUUUACAACAUUUCGCAACCAAACUUUGCAACUUUACUAAUUUUAGUAUGCCCUUCCCAGGAAUAUACUUUUUUAUGCUAAGAUAAAAAAUUAGUCUAUAAUGGGAAUUGUCUAUUGGUCCCCAUUAUCUAUUUUUGUUUCUCUAAAUAAAGUGCUAGAGUUUUUGUUCUCUAAAUAAAGAUAAAGAGCUAGAGGGGGACCAAAAUUUAUGUUCUUGUUUUGCCUGUUGGAGGGGGUGGGGGCUUUGGAAAUUUUACUUGUCUUAAGAGGGGGGCCACGAAAAAAUAUAACUGUAGAGUUUCUCCUCAGUCUCCCCCUGUACAAUAAAUAAUGAGCAGUCCCUUAGUCCACCAAUUAGUGUGUUAGUCACAUCAAUGGCAAUCUAUUCAAUUUCUAUUAUUGUUUUAUAUGUGAUAGUGAUACAGUGCUGAAUUUGGCACAUAAAAUUUAGACUGUACUUUUGAAGUUAUACUGUAAGUUUUUCGUACAAUUAUUACUUGUGAGUAUCUGACUGGCAUAAAACAAUGAUUAGAGAGAUUAGUUCGAAUAUGGCAAUAAUGACGUCACAACAUGGCAGAUAUUUUAUAUUUAAUUAAAGUAAUUUAACUCGAAAAAAAAGAGAGUGGUAACGACAAUUUUUUAUUUCAUAAAAUGAUAUCUAUUGGUAUUUUGAAUUAUUUUUCAAAUUUUAAAAAAAUUCUGUCAUGCCAAAAUUUUUCAAGGUAAGAAAAUGUGAAAAUUUAUAUUAUAAUUUUUUUGUCGUGAUAGAAUUUUUUUAAAAAAACGUGAAAAUAUAAAGACGCCAAUGUUGUGACUUAAUUGUUACCAUAGCAACGGCAGUUAGGAGUAGAUUUUUAAAAAUUCCAAACUCCUCAGUUAUUGUGUUAAACCAGUCUCAUACUAUUUGUUUUUAAGCUAAUAAUAAUUCUUCAGAAAUUCAUAUCCAUCCAAAUCAGGAAAUUUUUAAAAAAGUUUAAGAAGAACAUGGGAAAACACUUAAUGGGUCAUUCCAGAAAACAUCCAUACCUCCCCCACAGAGGAAAUUGGACGUUAACCCCCCUACCCCCCUUCGGAUGUCCUAAUACAUUCACUCUUAUCAGAAACAAUUUUGUCUCCCCUCCCCCUCCAGACAGCAGAAAUUUCCUCUGUGGGGGGAAUGUGGAUCUUAUCCGGAACGACCCAAUUUAAGCACCUUAGUAGCCCAUUGCACCCUACUUAUUUUUUUCACUUGUCUAAUACCAGAUGAUUUUACUCGUCAGUGGGGAAGCUGUGCAGCUUAGUGGGUUAACCAAAAAAUCUGACAAUGUUUUUAGUUAACCCAUUGAGCCGCAAUACGCCCCAUUUAUUUUUUUUACUUGUCUAAUGCCAGACAAUUUUACUCAUCAGUGGGGAAGCUGUGCAGCUUAAUGGGUUAAGAAGUGCAUGGGAAAACACUUUAUAAACACACUCUAUUCAAAUUCACUACUGUGCAUGUGGAAAUCACAUUUAUACAUGUUCUGUUUUAGGUCUAUUCAAUAUAUGCGAUAAGGUUUUGCUGGCACUGGAUGUGCUUCUAGAAUGGAGGGAAUACUUCAUCAUCUGCUAUUGAAGGCAAACUUGAAGCAUGGAGCAAACAAGUUGACAAAGUAAAAAUGAAGUGAAUUUUGUUGAGUUGUGUCAUUCAAGCAUAACACAUUCAUAUAUAUGCUCAUUCACUUUAUAAAUAGCUCCUUUCCUACAGUGUUGCUAGCUUGGGGGGGGAGGACAAGACAAGGGAAAUACUUGUAUAUGUCACUUAUGUACAUGCUACAUAAUUGUCCUUUCCCCCUUCAGCCCCUUGCUGGCACUACUGCUUUCCUACUGCUGUAACUUUAAAUGCCCCAGUACAUUUAACUAUUAUCAGAAAUUUCCUCUAGAUGGUACCAGGGUAAAUGUGGUAGAACAUUUAUGGAAUGGCCUCUUACUAAUUUUAUAAUCAGAUUAGUUAAGACUGACUACAAUGUAUAAAUACUAAUAUUUCACUUAAAUUGAUACUAUUUCACUUAAAUUUUAUUCUGUCUUUAAGGAUAAGAGGUUAUCAUCUGGAGAGCAAAAAUAUUUACAAAAGCUAUUAUACAAUGGCUUUUACUGUUUUGAGCUCCUUACUGAACGUCGACUUGAUGAUGGUAUUUGCGGAGUAUGUGGCACCAUUGGGCAGUGCUAUUUUGGUGAUGGGAAUCAAAAGAAUUGUUGUUCUUUAAAGGAGGUUUGACUUUCAGUUAUGGUGCCCUCUGAUCAUAUCACAAUUAAAAACAAUAACUAUGGUAUUGUUUAAUGUCAUACCGGUAUACAGUCUUAGACUAAUAUUCAUAAUUAUUAUAAACAGGUGAAAAGUGUGCCAUCAUCAAAAAGCAAACCAGUACCUCUUGAGCAAUUUAUUGGCAACUUAAAGGAAAACCUGCUUGAGAAGAUACUUUUUUGCAGCACUUCAUCUCCUGGUGUGGAUUCCAUAGACUCUGCAGAUGUACCACCUAUUAUAGCUCCAGCUUUAAGGGGUGCCGAGAUUUUCAAUACAGAAAUGGAAAAGAAAAGUAUUUACCUUACUCAAAAGGCUAUCACAAGUAAGACUGGAUGAUGAAUUUAUUUUAUACUGUAUUCAGUGUAUUGAAUAAAUAACUACAGUAUUUACCUCUCCCUGUUGGACAGAGUGAAGACAGUUAAGGAAUGGAUGUGGGGUAAACUGGUUUUUGUACGACACUAAUUUUAGGGAACAUCUUAUUAUAGGUGACUCUUCUAGGCUGCAUUAUGCUAUUGUUUCGGAAGGAUUAAACAUGGACAAUCUGGGUGAAAUGGACGUGGCUUCUUUGAAAUCAUUGGCAGGCCAGUGUACGAUAGAACUUCCAAGUAACAGCUCAAAGGUAUAAUUAUAUUUAUAAUUUAGAUACAUUAAUUAAUUGAACGAGGUAUAUUCUUCAAAAAUUAACCCAAGAGGAAAGACGAGUGAUGAAUUUUUUGAAAAUGUCAUUGUCUCACAUGUUGUAUCGAAGCUAAUUCAAAAUUACAUUUACAUACUGAACUAACUGAAGUCAAAAUUGGAAGGUGUCAUUAAAAUACAUAUCAUACAGUGCCCCUCCCCCCCCCACACUUUCAUUCAGGGGCACCUUCGAGAUAUUUCCAAUGAGAGGGGGGAGCGAGAGGUUGCCAAGGAGAAAAUUCAUAGAAAAAACAUAGACUCUGUUCUUUUACGUUUAGGCUUUUAUAAUCGCAGAGUUACAUUCCCUAUAUGGGGAACUGUUGCAUGGAAACUCGGCAUGCCAUGGGUUUGGAAAAGUUAAAGGUCACACAGGAGGUUUUUACCAUCUUGUUUGUCGCCACGGUGUAAGUAUAUUUUAAUAUUGUGAACAAAGUACUCGUUACUCCCAUUGUAGUAUGUUUGUACAGAGGCGACUAUCACUAUAGCUAUCAUAUCAUAGAAAUGGAGAGCGAAUAAUGUACUUGUUUUAGUAAAAGCCAGUUUUACUAUUUAUUUGUGAAAAAUCGCAACGAAGAAAUGGUUUUUCGCUACUCACUAUCUAUGGACAAUUAAUAAAAACUUAGUUGCGUUCUAAUGACAAUGCUGCAUUCAGAUUGGCUACACUACUCGCCAUCUAUUAAGACCUUCCGGCUUUCCCGUUUUGAGUGAAAUUUUGAUCUAGACAAGUCUGGACAAAAAUUUCAUCACAGCUUGAAAGAGCAUCACAAAAUUAGUAAUAUUCCGAAGUUUUGUUGCGAAAUGUUGUAAAGCGGAUAUUAUAGCCUUGCGAAGUUUACCGUUUUUCAGUCAUUUUGCAUUACAAACGGGAAAUUGAUAAUCAAUUUGAUCAUCUGAUUAUCAAUUUCCCGUUUGUAAUGCAAAAUGACAGAAAAACGGCGGACUUCGCAAGGCUAUAUUAUCCGCAUUUUACAACAUUUUGCAACGACUUGUCUGGAUCAAAAUUUCACUCAAAAGGUCAAUUAUUAUUAACAAUUAGAUAACACGAGCUCGAGAUUUCUAUGUUAAUAUGAGUUCGAGAAUUCUAUGAUGUAAACUAUCAUCUCAUACCAGUAAGAAAACAACAUUUCAAAAAGUUUUUACUAUUUAUUUAGGGUUAGGGUUCAAUAUUUGUGAUAAACUCGUAAAAAAUUUGUGAGGAAGAGAUGGUUCUUUCACUACUCGCUGUUUUUACUACUAUAAUAUGUAUUUUACUAAUACAGUAUAGUCGUAUAUUUAUACCAACGCCAAUUAAAUCAUAGUUUCACACAAUUGCAUUACUUCGGUUAGAGCAUUUUUUUUUAUAAACCUAACUUAAAAACUUUUCCAAGUUUGUACAGUAUGUGUGACAUAUUCGAUCACAAUUCCUAACUUUGUCUCGUUUCUAGUAAUAUAGUAUGAAAAUGUGCUUUUGUGUUCGCUUUUUUUCAGUGCACUGUUGCUUCCAAGUUCCUUUUCCUUCAAGAGUCUGUCCAAGAUGCUGCAGACCUAUAUUUAUCUCUGAAGUACCCUCCAACUUUAUUUGUUUGUGAUACACCAUGUGGAUUGGCAAGGCAUAUGGACUUAAGGUGUCCAGACAUCGCUAAACACUUAUGGGACGAUAAUGCUGGUUGUUUUGAGAAACCUCAGUUUGACAGAAAGCCAAACGUUGUGAGUAUGAUAAUUGUAAUGUGCAUGUACAUAUAUGCAACAAAACUGACAGUAAUAUAAUCAUUUAACUUUAUUUCAAAUCAUUUGUAACCAAAAUGAAUAUCGUCUCCCUGUUAAAUAUUUAGGUGAAUGUUCCAGAAAUUGUGCCCACAGAAUAUAGGCCAGCAAAUGUUGCCUUGGUUAAUCCCGAAAGUGUUCCAGAUCUUGACCACCCCAUCAGUGGGAGACGAAGGUAUAUUGUUGGUGAUCGCUUUCAUGCAAGUACGGAUCCCCACAAGUCACCACUAUGUGCUUAUCAUGACAUUAAAUUGUGUGAGCAAGAAAGGUCAAUUAAAACAACUUAUCAAGAAAGCAAAAAUCAUCGGAAAAAUUUCCUUCGUUUAAGAAGUUCGACUAUGCAGUCAUUUUUGGUGCACUUUUUGUAUAAUUAUUUAAUGGACUAUUAUCACAACGAGCAAAUCGUGGAAAAACAACUUGAAAACUUGGAGAAAUUUCUUGGCAAUGGACAGAAGGUUGUACGAGAUAUCUAUCAUCGAUUUACCAUCGAAUGA